AUGAAUGCUGACCAGGAUAGACCUUAUGUGUGCAGCGCCCCUGGCUGUUCUCAGCGUUUCCAAAGAGAGGAUCACUUGAUGAUACACAGACACAAACAUGAAAUGACCCUAAAUUUCCCUUCCAUUAAGGGCGACAAUGUGCUCUCAGAUCAAACGCCAACCCCAACUCGCUUCCUGAGAAACUGUGAAGAAGUGGGUCUCUUUAGCGAUCUGGAGCUCAGCCAAUCACAGGAUGAGGGAGCUGCCAGACAGAGGGAAAGACAGCUAAUGAUGCAUUCCAACAUGAUUGCAAUACCAGGCCCCUCCCACAGUGCUGCAGGCUCCUCCCACCAGUCAAAAACCAUCUCCAGUCACAGCCAUCCCAGCAUUCCCAAUGGCUACAGGGAUUCGCUGGGCAACGUGGUGGACGUGAUGUCACCGCAACAGCAGGGGAGGGCGGGACAACACCUCUUACACAUGCAAGCCCCGCCCACGUACGCCUACCAGCACCACAGCCACGGCCAAUCACAUCGAAGCCAUCCCCAUUCCCAUCAGAGUGGCGCCAACCCCCACCCGUGUGACGUCCAGCACUCCCCCCCCGCACAUUACGAACCACGCCCCUCUCAUUGCUCCUCCCCACUGCCGCCUCAGCCAAGACCUGCUGAGACCACAGGGGGAGGAGUCAGGCGCAGACGGACGGCUGAUGAGGACCCAGAUGAGCGAAGACGGAAGUUUCUGGAGCGUAACCGAGCCGCGGCCACUCGCUGCAGACAGAAGAGGAAAGUGUGGGUGAUGUCACUGGAGAGGAAAGCAGAGGAACUCACUCACACUAACCUCCAGUUACAGAAUGAAGUGACGUCAUUGAGGUCAGAGGUCACACAGCUCAAACAGAUUCUUCUGACACAUAAAGACUGUCCUGUCACGGCACGACAGAGAGAGAUACAAGGAAGCUUGACAGUAACAGGAAGUCCCGCCCAUCACACAGUCCAACACAACAGCAUUACCACAUCUAGCUCAACAUCAACACACACACUAGCCGGGGACGUGUAUGGAGCGGCCUGA